UCUUAUCUCUCUUUCUCUCUUGCGUAAAAAAAAUAAAAACCCCUCUCUCUCUCUGCUCGUUCAAUUACUUUCUUGUUCUUGCAAGCAUGCGUCCACCAAUGAAGAAAAUUGAUUACAAAGUUGGAGAUAAAGUUGAAGUAUGUAGCAAAGAAGAAGGGUUUAUGGGUUCAUACUAUGAAGCCACAAUUGCUUCUUGUCUUGAUAAUGGAAGAUAUGUGAUUCGUUACAAAAAUCUUCUUAAAGAUGACAAGUCUGAACUUCUCACUGAAACGCUUCUUCCAAAGGAUCUUCGCCCAUCACCGCCACGUGUUCGUAACCCUUCAAAGUUCCAACUCAAUCAAACAGUUGAUGUUUUUGAUAAUGAUGGUUGGUGGGCAGGAAAAAUCAUCAGCGAGAAGAUCCUCAUGGAAAAGAAUUAUUACUAAUAAUGUGUAUUUUUAUUAUACUAAUCAAACGAUUUAAUACCCUUGUGAUAAAAUUAGGGUACAUCAUGAGAUGAUGUUUAGUGGAGAGUGGUUUAUGGAAGCUUAAGAGCCAUAUCAUCAUCAUGAUCAUCAAUUAGGCAUCUUGUGAUCUUGUCGAUCACUUUUAUAAUAUUGAAUAGAUAAAUACCCGUGCUACCACGAGGUUAUAUAGUACAUCAUUGUAAUGCAAAGCUAAAUUUAGCACAUUAAUCAGCUUUUAUUCUUCAA